UGGGUGUGUGUGCGAGGGUUGCAGGGGGGUGGAAUCGGGGUGAGAGGUUACGGGGGGGUGGGAUGCAGGGGAUGUAUAGGGGCAGUUAAAGGGAGGAGGGGGUUGUGUGAGGAGUCCUCCUGCAGGAUGUGCACGAAUUCACAACAUGAGAGCGGAUGCAGGCUGGUGUAGCCAGUGACAUUUAAUUUCACCGGCCGCUGCCCUCUGGGUGCCUCCUGGGGUCUGGGUCUGCCAGCUGCUACCUGUUGUGAAUAUCUGCCAUGUAGCCCUGUUGCUUGGCUGGAUGCUGCUGGUCCAGGGCCUAUGCUUGGAGGUGUAGUCCACACCUCGCAACCUGUUAUUUGAUUUCUGGGUUUUGUGGCUUUGUAUGGAAACCCAGUCUUGCUUGCCCUUACUUCUGGGCUGUUCUGUAGCUGGUAGUGUGGCAGCAAUUCUUGGGUAGUUUUACAACAGGCUAUGUAAAAAGAACUAGCAAAGUCAGUGCAACUAAAAUUUCAUACAGUGACUUAUUUAUGCUGCUCUGUAUAUAUUGUGCACUGAAAGAUGAUCCAGAAAUCCAAGAGGAAAUUCGCAGAAAAGAUGACAAACUUCUCGCCUUAUUAAAAGAGGUUUAUGUUGAUUCCAGAGAGCCACCUGUACGAGUAAAAGAUGAAGGUGGAAUUAUCCCAAGUAAACAGCAGGAAUACAGACUUACAAAACUUGGUCAUUUAAGAGAUCUAGAUAUUCCAAGCAUUCCCAAAGGCAAAAUUUCUGUGGUGGAGGUUCUGACUCUUCUCAAUAAUUAUAAACUUUCUCCACAAACAUGGACCGCAGAGAAAAUAGCAAAGGAGUACAGUAUAGACUUGAAGGAGGUCACCUCUCUCUUAGAAUUCUUUUUACCUUUUACUGUGGAGAUCUUUCCUCCCAAAGACAGAAAAGUUUUGUAACCUUCCUAAAGUGAUUGCUGAAAUCUUGGUUGAUCCACUGGUGUCUUCAUUUGACACUUCUCAUACACUGUUUGUGUGGGAAUUUGGUCUCAUGCUCUUAAAGGUUGCCCUCUUGUAGCAAUAAGAUGCUUUAUUUAAAUGACUGCAUUCUCUGUGUGACUGCUGCAUGUGAAAACAAUGUAUUUGAUAUAUUCUGGUUCAUAACCUGUCUCAUUUAUGCCAGAUAAGGAGACAGUCAGUGAAAUCUGUUAAGGACAAUAAAUGAUCCACUUAAAUUGUUCCAGUUGUUUUCAGAAACAGUUUUUUUUUUAAAUAAAUAUCACCUCUUACUGAGAAGUC